AGAAGAAAACAAACUUUAUACAAGGAUUAGUAGAAUGGCUUUUGCUGAAUCUCUCCACAACAAAAGCUCUGUCUUGAGAAUCAACGUUCUGGUUGUGGACGAUGAUCCUGUUUUCCGUGGUUAUAUUUCACAAAUGCUUGUAAAGUCUAAAUACAGAGAUCCAUCGGUUAUGGAGAUCACAGUUAUAGAUGAAGCAGACCCGACGAAAGCAUUGUCUAUUCUAAAACAUCAACGAAACAAUAUCGAUCUCAUAAUCACAGAUUAUUACAUGCCUAGCCUGAACGGUCUACAACUCAAAAGACGAAUCACUGAGGAAAUUGGAAAUUUACCUGUCAUUGUUGUGUCAGCGGACGCCAACAAGGAGCAGGAAAGUUUAUCUUGUGGAGCGAUGGGGUUCCUUCCAAAACCCAUACGAGCAACUGACUUACCAAAGAUUUACCAACUUGCUUUAACCUGCAAGAGGAAUGGUAAGUCAACAUUAGGGACUGAGCCCAACCACAAGGCCAACGACACAGGUGUUAGUGUCCCCCAGCAAAUCAAGAUGCUUCCUGAACAAGCUAAUGUCUUGAAGACCAGGAAGAAGUACUCAUCUAAAGCUGAUUCAAGAUCCUUGAACAGUAGAAACGGAAGUUGUCUAAUUAGUACCGGUGGUUCAAGAAAAAAUCGGAAAAGAAAACCUAACGGUGGUAGUGAGGAUGGUUCGCAGCCCUCCAAAAAGACUAAGGUUAAGUGGACGGAUGGUCUUAACGACCUAUUCCUACAAGCUAUCCGACAUAUUGGUCUUGAUAAGGCUGUGCCAAAAAAGAUCUUAGCGUUCAUGAACGUAUCGUACUUGACUAGAGAGAACGUUGCCAGCCAUUUACAGAAAUAUCGGAUAUUCUUGAGGAAAGUGGCGGAUCAAGGUUUGAUGAGCAUUAUGUCAGCUAGAGGCAUAGACUCGAUGUUUCGACAUACUCAAAUCAAGGAGCCCUACUUCAACCGAUACACACCCUCUACUUCUUGGUACGACACAAGUCUUAACAAUAGAUCAUUCUAUUCCAAACCCGGACAAGGCUUUGGACAGUCGAGACUUUUGUCCACCACACGUGAGCCACCCGUCCGUUUCAACCAGAUGCCUUACAACUACAUGAACCGGUCAUCUACUUACGAGACGCACCAUGUUGGAUCUGGAUCAAACUUGACGCUACCCAUCCAAAGCAACCUCAGUCUCGCCAACCAACCAUCUCAAAACGAGGAAAUAAGAAGCUUUUUUGAACCACCUGUGAUGGCGAACAAAAUCGGCCAAACAUCUCAAGUUCAGGGGUUUGGACAACUUGGACCGUCAGCUAUUAAUAAUUUCAAUAAUAACAUGAUGAGUAGCUUUGGAAGUUUUACUCCAAAUCAACCAGGACUUGGCCACUUCUCGUAUGGGAUGCAAUCGUUCUUAACCAAUGAGAACACUGCAUAUAACCCUGAGCCACAUGCCAAUGCAACUACACAGCCAAAUCAUGAACUUCCUCAACUGGAGAAUGAGCUCCCAUCAUUUUUUUCGGCUGAACUGAAUCAGUUUUUAUCUCUUGAAGACGAUGAAGUCUGUACCUUUGUGAACGUAAACGAGGGUCAUUAUAAUGGAGAAAUAGCCAACACUUUUGCUGCUCCUGAGAUGAAUCACACUUUUGCCGCUCCGGAGAUGAAUCCUCCAAGUUUCAAUACGAACCCUAAUCAGAAUCAGGAACAAGAUGCUAAUCCAGAUAUUGGCGAUUGGUCGUUUUUGGAUCCACAGGAUUUGGUUGAUGACGACUUCAUGAACUCUCUGUUCAACAAUGACAUGAACUGAAAAGUGUUCUCCAAGCUGAUGUUUUCAAAGCGAGGUGAAGAAACAAAACCGGCGAUAACUGUCUAGUAGGUUUCUAAGCAAAUAUAUAUGUUAUAAAAAAAAUCAUAGGAGUAAUACAUGUAAUAAAUUUCUAAGGCGUGUUGGAAUAUUAUGUCUUUUCAGCAAGCUAGGG